AUGGCUAUGAUGUCUCACCGUCUCCGACGAGCCUUACUCACGGCUACUUCCUCUUUCAACCGAUCAAUCUCACUCUCUCCGGUGACUUCUCUCGCACCACCCGCCGAUUUCCCUACUGCCUCGGUGGUGCUACAGAGAUCCGUUCUAGGGCGUUUCACGGGAGUGAAUCGAGCUCCGGCGAGGCUGUUUUCGACGAAGCAGUACAAGCUUUACAAAGAAGGCGAUGAAAUCACAGAAGAUACCGUGCUGUUCGAAGGAUGCGACUACAAUCACUGGCUUAUCACCAUGGAUUUCCCCAAGGAUAAUCCUUUGUCUCCUGAAGAAAUGGUCUCUACCUAUGAGCAUACCUGCGCCAAAGGGCUCGGUAUCAGUUUACAAGAGGCCAAGGAGAAAAUCUAUGCUUGUAGCACAACCACUUACCAAGGUUUUCAAGCAAUUAUGACUGAGCAAGAAUCAGAGAGGUUCAAGGAGAUACCCGGAGUGGUCUUCAUAUUGCCAGAUUCCUACAUUGAUCCUCAGAACAAAGAGUAUGGAGGAGACAAGUACGAGAACGGGGUGAUCACUCACAGGCCACCGCCAAUUCAGCAUAACAGAAGACCCCGUGAUAGGUUCAACUCUAGAUCUGACCGUGGAGGAGGCGGCGGUCAAAACUUCCAAAGAAACGCACAGUAUGGUCAGCAACCGCCAAUGCAAGGUGGUGGAGGGGGCUAUGGUGGUCCUCCUCAGCAUAGCUAUGGGUCUCCAGGACAAGGAGGUCAAGCUCCUCCUCCAUUUCAGGGAGGUUACAACCAAGGCCCUGCGGGAUCUCCACCACCUCCUCCGUAUCAGGCGGCGGGUUACAAUCAAGGCCAGGGGUCUCCCGUGCCACCAUACCAAGGAACACCAGGCGGUUACGGUCAAGGUGGACCUGGGAACUAUAGCCAAGGGCCGCCACAAGGAGGUUACAACCAAGGAGGUCCACAAGGAAAUGGAAACUUGGGUCCUGCACCGGGAGCUGGAAAUCCUGGAUAUGGUCAGGGAUAUUCUGGAGCUGGACAAGUGCAGAACCAGGCAUUUCCACAGGCAGAGCAGAGGAAUCCAGUGUGGAACAACAAUAAUCCAGCAGGCCAGCCCGGAUCUGACCAAUUUCCACAGGGGAGAAGAUACUAG